AAAGCACCUUUGGGAUUUUUAAAAGUUGUUUUCUAUUCUUCUCACCAUGUGCUUUCUACCUAACCCUGUCAUCCUGCCCCAGCCCCCAAAAUGCGCUCCCCUAUUGCAAGAGGUCCUUUCCGUUGCCCGGAGAGCCCACCAGGGGGCUCCUUCUGCGAACAUCAAGGACUGGCUAUCUCUUGCUUCAGAGAAGAAACUGAGCCUGUGCAGAUCCUUCAUGCCAGGUUGGAGGGGGUCUCUCUUCUGAAUCCUGAGAUGUGUCAGAACAAGGCAGGAAGUGAGUGCCAUCAGGGAGAGUCUGGCCUCUCUAGGACUCCGCUCUCUCUCUCACCUUGGCCAAAGAGGCUGGAUGCCAGCAGGGAUGGACCAGCAGAAGUGACUCUGGGUCGUAGGAAGGAAAAGGUCUUUGGAGAACCAAGAGAUCUGUUGGCUGCAUUUGGACCUGUGAUAGAGGAAAAAAAAAAUAUGGAGGGACAACACCCAGAAGAUCAAGGAGCUGAAAAAGUUGGGGAGACCUCGGCAAGAACCAGACAGAAGAUCCUGGAGAAGGAAAGCAUCAGUUCAGAGGUUCAGUGCUGGCACUUCAGGAGCAUCCAGUACCAAGAGUCUAAGGGUCCCCGAGAGAUUUGCAGCCAUCUCCACCACCUUUGCCGUCGGUGGCUUCAGCCAGAAAGACGCACAAAGGCUCAGAUGUUAGACCUAGUGAUCCUGGGGCAACUCCUGGCCCUCCUGCCCCUGCAGAUGGAGGGCUGGGUCUGGGAGUGUGGAGCAGAGACUAGUUCCCAAGCGGUGGCCCUGGCAGAAGGUUUCCUCUUAAGCCAGGCAGAGGAGGAGAAGCAGAAAGAAUCACAGGCCCAGGGAAGCUUCUUGGAGACUGUCAUGGAAAAUCCAGAGGAAGGGAGGGAGCUCCUUCUCAGAGGCAGCUCCAGGGAAGAUCAGCGUUAUGACAUUUCAGCAGACAGUGGGAUGAUGUCCAUGGUGUUUGUAGGAUCUGCUCCUUCUUCUACCGUCUUUGAAAGAGCAAGUGAACCUCCAAGUCAGGGUCUCGUAUCUUUUGAGGAGGUGGCUGUGUAUUUCUCUGAGGAGGAAUGGUCCCAUCUGGAUGCUGAUCAGAAAGCCCUCCAUGGGGAGGUGAUGCUGGAGAAUUCAAAGAAUGUUGCCUCUCUGGAAAGAGCGCAUGGGGAAGAGGGGAGAAAUUACAUCCAACAAUUCCACGCACAUCAUCCUGAAGAAGAAGAUAAAAAGAAGUUGGCCAACGAAAGGGGAUCAAAAGGUUUGGAGAGGAAGCAACUCACCCAAGGAAUAAACAAAAAAUCCAUUUCCCCAUGUGCUCCCGUUCAAGACUUUCUCGCCGAGCAAAAGCAUCGAGAAAAAAAGAAGAGAAAAUGUGCGGGGAAAAACUUGAAAGCAUGCAAAGACAGAUUUGAUGUAAGCAAACCUUACAGGAGCUGCCCGAUGGGAGAGGUGAAAAAAUAUUCAAAUCGGACUUUCUCUACACGCGGAAGCAUCAAUGUGGAAGAAAAGCUACAUAGGUGCAGGGAAUGUGGAGAAAGCUUCGGCUGCAACCGUUCCCUCAUUUCCCACCAAAUAACCCACGCAGGAGUGAAACCCUAUAAAUGCACGGAGUGUGGAAAGAGCUUCAGAAAAAGCAGUUACCUUACUUGUCACCGAAGGAUCCACACAGGGGAGAAACCCUUUAAAUGCACGGACUGCGGGAAGAGCUUCAGCAAGAACAGUUCGCUUACUUACCAUAGAAGGAUCCACACGGGGGAGAAGCCCUUUAAAUGUGUUGAGUGUGGAAAGACCUUCAGCAAGAACAGCUCUCUGACUUCCCAUACCAGGAGCCAUUCGGGGGAGAAGCCGUAUCGAUGCCUGGAGUGUGGAAAGAGCUUCCGGUGGCACAGUCAGCUGACUUCCCAUAAAAGGAUUCACACAGGGGAAAAACCCUAUGAAUGCAUGGAGUGCGGGAAGAGCUUCAGCACGAGCAGCAGCCUCACUUCCCAUAAAAGGCGCCACUCCGGCGAGAAACCGUACGAAUGCCUGGAGUGUGGAAAGAGCUUCCGGGGUAGCAGUGCCUUUGCUUCUCAUAAAAGGAUCCACACCGGGGAGAAGCCGUACAAGUGCACGGAGUGUGGAAAAAUAUUCCGAAAGAGCAGUUCCCUUGCUUCCCAUAGAAGCAUCCACACAGGGGAGAAACCCUACAAAUGCUUGGAGUGUGGUAAGAACUUCCGGGAAAAUGGAUCGCUGACUUCUCACAAAAGGAUUCACCGAGGGGAGAAACCCUAUAAAUGUACGGAGUGUGGGAAGAGCUUUAGCCAAAGUGGGAAUCUGAUUUCCCACAAAAGGAGCCAUUCGGGCGAGAAACCGUAUAAGUGUAUGGAAUGCGGGAAGAGCUUUAUGUGGAACAGUCAGCUUACAUCGCACAGAAGUCUCCACACGGGGCAGAAACCGUAUAAAUGCGCAGACUGUGGGAAGAGCUUCAGCGAUAUCAGUCACCUGACUUCUCACAAAAGGAUCCAUACAGGGGAGAAACCAUAUAAAUGUGCGGCGUGUGGAAAGAGUUUCAGCCAAAACAGUUCCCUGACUCUCCACGAGAGGAUUCACACUGGGGAGAAACCAUAUAAAUGCACAGAGUGUGGAAAGAGCUUCCGUGAAAAGAGAUCUCUUCAUUCCCACAAACUGAUUCACACUGGGGAGAAACCGCAUAAAUGUACGGAGUGUGGAAAGCACUUCCGUGAAAAGAGAUCCCUUCGUUCUCAUAAACUGAUCCACACAGGAGAAAAACCGUAUAAUUCCUUGGACCGACUUUAGAAAUAGCAAUUCCCUUAUUUCUCAUCAAAGUAUCCACUCAGUUCAUUCUUGAGCAUUUGUGAUGCCGGCACAACAGCCUCCUGAUCAGGUUCAUUUUCUUGGAGAUCCUCUGCUUGGGACAAAAAAAGAGGAAAUUAUUGGAAAUUUAAGGCACAAACCCGCCGAGUUAAACCUCUCUUUUAAUUAGCAGAUCAACUGAGAAAUAAACACUCUCCAUAGACACCCGGGAUCCAUGGGCUGUCAGACUCCUGAAUGCGAAAUAACAUCAUAACUACGUAGUACGAUGGACUUGCAGGGCCGGCGCAAUGUGUAACAUGCUCGCACUAGUGCAAUAGGACUGGAUGUUUGUUAAUAUGAUUUAUUGGGUUAGGGAUUUUCUGUCUUCACUGUGAGUUGUAUUGUGUUGGAGGUGUGUGCACUGAGGGAGCUCCACCAAUCUCAUUGUGCGUAUGUUGUACACUGACAAUAAAGCUUUGAAUUUGAAUCAAUGUAUUUCAUGGUUCAAACAUACAUAACACCCCUCCUGCGUGAGCUGCACUGGCUCCCAGUGGUCUUCCGGGUGCGCUUUAAGGUGUUGGUUCUCACCUUUAAAGCGCUCCAUGGCAUAGGGCCAGGGUAUUUACGGAGACCGCCUGCUGCCACCAACAA